ACGCCAAUGGCAAAAAUGGCGUUCGCCGUGCCGCAAGCAUGGCUCAGUGUUUCUCGCGUACUGCGUCUUCCCCGAUCUUCGUACGGUUUAAAUUCAAUGAACUCUGCGUUCCGACACCUCUGCUCCGUCCACCUCCUCAGGAACGGCAAUGUAAACACUUCUCUAUUUCGUGAUUCUCUCGCCGUUAGGUGCUACAGCUCGCCUUCGCAGCGGAAAGGUUUCUUCGGGCAGGUAUUCGAUAACAUAAAGCAAGAAAUGGUGCAAAACAAGGAGAUGAAAGAAAGUUUGAAGAAGUUUCGCGAGGAAGCCGCGAAACUCGAGCAGUCGGAGGCGUUACGGAAAGCCCGGAUGAAAUACGAGAACAUCGAAGCGGAGACGGCGAAAGGCUCGCAGCAGAUCAUGGAGCAGCUCGAGUCGCUCAAGGAGAAAAUCAAGGAAGGCAUCGAGGAAGCACAGAAAAGCGACAUCGGCAAGAAGAGUCGCGAGUUGACCGAAGAGCUCGCCAAGUCGGCCAAGUCGGCGGCCGAAACGAUAGCCAAGCAAAGCGAUCAGCUCGGCAAGUCGGGUGCGUUUCAAGCAGUGUCUUCGGGCAUAAAGGCCGUGAAAACGGAGAUCGACGAGGCGGCGGCCGCCGGCGCGCGCGUCUACAGGGCGCCGAAGACUCUGCGGAAGCGCUCCGAACUGGGCUUCGGUCAGGCCGACGCCCGAGUCGUCACCCCCAACGACGAGGCCACGGGCGUCGAGCUGCAUCGCGACUCCCGCUGGUCCCAGAGCUGGCAGAACUUCCGCGACAACAACCCGUACGUGCACAAGUUCUUCGACCUGAAGACGCGCUACGACGAGAGCGACAACCCGCUGGUGCGCGCCUCCCGCUCGCUCACCGACAAGGUGUCCGACAUCUUCGGCGGCCUGUUCCAGAAGACGGAGCUGUCCGAGGUGCUCACCGAGAUCUGCAAGACCGACCCGAACUUCGACAAGAACGAGUUCUUGCGCAUGUGCGAGACUGACAUCAUCCCCAACUUGCUGGAGGCCAUGGUUCGAGGGGACCUCGAAAUUCUGCGGGACUGGUGUCACGACGCGCCCUUUAACGUAAUCAGCACGCCCAUGAAGCAGGCCAUUCAGCUGGGCUAUCACUACGACUCCAAAGUGCUCGAUGUGAUGAACGUGGAUCUAGCCAUGGGAAAGAUUAUGGAGCAGGGACCUGUACUCAUUGUUACGUUUCAGUCGCAGCAGAUCAACGUGGUGCGGAACAGCAAAGGUGAAGUGGUUGAAGGCGACCCAGAGAAAAUCCUGCGCAUACAUCAUGCCUGGGUGCUCUGCCGAGACCAGAAUGAGCUUGAUCCCAAGGCUGCCUGGAAGCUAAUGGACUUGUCAGCUUCCUCGUCAGCUCAGUGGCUUUGAGUAGUCGUUGGACAUAGCGCACUUUGUUUUUGUUUUCUUUCUUUUUUUUCAAUUAGGACUGAUUGCAAUCUAAGUAGUAUAUUGUGUGUGUGUGUACAGUACUGCUUCUCGAAAUAAUACCACAAUUUUGGUGGCUCAUCAUGCAAGGCACGCGAGAGCCACAACACAUCACAAUCAUGCUCCAUGUCACAUUUCAUUUUGGGUUAUAGAUUCCCCACCAGAGGCUUACACAUGCAAGAUCAACUUUUGUUUAAAGGGUCCCUCACCAUGUCACAUAGCAAAUUUCGGUUAUGCAUUGGAAGUUGUUACGUGCCCUCUAGGGAGCGUUCUGUCGCAAGAAUUUUUAAAAUCGCUUCAUUAAUAGCCAAGAUAGAAAUAUUUCACUGCUGCGAACCUUGAUUUCAGUAGGUGAGCACCACUACCAGGAAAGACACUCUCUCCACUUGCCCCGUUUAGCCUCCGCUAGCGAAAUUUCUUCCCUGCAUUCUCCCAUAGUGGAGCUCAAGGAUCGCAUGAUGCAUACCUCACAGGCCCCGUCUUGAUUUUUUUUUCUUUGCUUUUUUGCUGCUUUGUGCACGAGAACACCUGACUAGCGGUAUAAGUCAGUGCUACGCGAAUACCAAGGCAGACACGAGCGGAUCACAGAGCAUGAUCGCAUGCUGGAACACAGCAGAAAAUUACAUAGUUUUGUUGUCGGCACACACGACAGCAUGACGUGAGAAGGAGCAGUCAAAACAGAAGUACAUCCCUCUUGCUGCAGUGCAACGUAAGACAAAAACACGUCGACAUUCAGUUUGUGUGUUUUAUUAUUUCUCUAAACUUUUAAUUCAUCUACUGAAGGAACAGUUUAAACAAAUAAGUGAUGUUGCCUCGAAUAAUUCUCAAAGUUGCGCGCCACUGUGAAUGACGUCACAGAACUGCCAUGUACAUAGGCGCACUUGUUCGAUUGACCUUGACUCUCCAGCUGGAAGCAUGGCACCCACGAGGAGAAGGGCAAAAGGCAUUCGGUUUGAAAUUUCAGCUCUUUCCAUGGCACGUAGCGAUGUAAUACUUAACAGACACGAUCAUUAGCACGCAUUUCAUACAAGGCACUUGUAAGCUCAAAAUGGCCAGACCUGGUGAGGGGCCAUUUAAGGGGUAGCUGUAUUUUCACCAAAGUAUAAUAAUGUAAUCUUUAGGCACUUUGAUCAAUUUCCUGUUUUAUUUUGUCUUAAUUUCUUUUUCCCAGUUAUCAUGUCCAGUAAGCCACAUGCAUUUCUUUUUUUUUUUUUGCAUUGCUGAUUCAUAUUUUCGGUAUGAAUAGCUUCUGUGGUCAUAAAUAUUGAAAGAUGAAUUGUUAAACGUGAAACAAACUAUGGAAAUUUGCAGACUACAUAUGGCAGUGUCAUUAAACGUAAUUUCAUCAGCGCCAUACAUUCUAAUGCAAUAUUCAGCACUAUAUCGUUUACAGCCCCUUGUUAUAGCUUGUUGCAGUUUCAGUCCAUAUUAAAAUGUUAUUUAAAAUGUGUAA